UUAUUAACACCACCCAUCAACACAUCCUAAGACUCCCGUCCUAACCAUCCCGCAUCUCACAGUGUUGAGCCCCCACUAUGGAGGUGAAGAGAACUUUUUAUCGGUGGCUUUGCUGCUGCUGCUGCUAUGAGGAAAAGCCAGAGAAAAGCCCUUUAAUUAGUGAUACCUUGCUCUACUUUGAUCGAGAGGUGAAGAGGAGACGAGCAGAGGAGGCGAACCUAUGGAAUGAACCCCAGGAUGUGUCUCACACUGAGCGUGACGAUGACCGGGAAUUAUAUAACCUUCUACAGAAGCGAGCGCGAACACGCCGAGGGUCAGAGGGAUAUCGACGGCUGAGUUUUGAUAUCAGUGCUCACAGACAGGUUCGAAAAGAUGUGAAGGACCGAUGGCGGGUGCUGCUUGAAGAUAUGGGAUUCCACAAGGAGGCAGACUCGCUCCUCACCGUCACCUCUAACACCUCUUAUAAAAGUCUUCGAAACCCUACAGAAGCUCGACGUCUACUCACCAUGCUGGCAGAAGAGAGCAGUAUCUUCGAACAUCAGCAUAUUCCAGCAGAAAGAUACCUCUUUGUACUGGACCGUCUCAUUGUCCUUGACAUAGGAUCGGAGUUUGUGUCUAUUGCCAGACGAUUUUAUCCAGCAGAGACCAUGGAGAGCAGUGAAAAGGAUAUUGAGGUUCCAGCUACUGCUGUCCUGGUGAGUCCAGGUUACGAGGCGUUGGAAGAUGGAGUAGAGAAAGAUGAAGAAGAAGGUGUCUUGGAUGAAGACAACUUCCUGGUGAACUUACUUGAAUAGAUACAUUCGAACCACAA